UAAUGUAGUAGUUCUGUGGCUGGAUAAAGCAAAUGACGUAUCAGCUUCAGAUGCUGCUCUUCUGUCACGGUAGCUCUAGGCCCAUUCCUGUUCUGCGUAGUUUCCUUUGGACAGAUGUCUGAUACAAACCAUCCAACUGAUCAGGCUGUUGGCACUGAUUCUUCUGAGCAUGAGACCAGUGAGGGACUGGAAGCUCAAACACCUCAUGACAGUCAUGGAGCUGACUUUGGUGUCACAAAUGGAAAUGCAGGUCGCAAUCUGAAGGAGUGGCUGAAGGAACAGUUCUGUGACCAGCCUAUUGAACACUGUGAGGACACUCGAUUGCAUGAUGCUGCUUAUGUGGGGGACUUGCAGACCAUUCAAAGUUUAUUUAAGGAAGAGAGCUUCCAAAGCCGCAUCAAUGAGAAAUCUCUGUGGUGUUGCGGUUGGCUGCCUUGCACACCCCUACGGAUUGCUGCCACAGCAGGGCAUGGAAACUGUGUGGAAUUCCUAAUUCGAAAAGGAGCAGAAAUUGACCUUGUGGAUGUGAAAGGACAGACUGCCUUAUAUGUUGCUGUUGUGCAUGGGCACCUCGAAUGUGCACAGCUCCUUUUGAAAGCUGGUGCUGACCCUAAUGGGAGCCGUCACCACCGCAGCACUCCCAUAUACCAUGCUGCCCGAGUAGGCAGGGCUGACAUCUUAAGAGAACUGAUCAGAUACGGAGCUGAUGUGGAUGUUAAUCACCAUUUGUCUUCUGGAAUCCCAAGCCCAUCUUCCCGACCACUCAAAUCCCUGAUGGUCUGUCCUUUGUACAUUAGUGCAGCCUAUCACAACCUCCCCUGCUUCAGGCUUCUUCUACAAGCUGGAGCCAACCCAGAUUUUAAUUCUUGUGGGCCUGUAAACGUUCAAGGCUUCUCCAGGGGUUCUCCAGUAUGUGUCAUGGAUGCAGUCUUACGUCAUGGCUGUGAGGUAGCUUUUGUUCUCCUCUUGAAUGACUUUGGUGCCGACCUGGAUCUGGUGAAAUGGGAAACUCUGGGAGAAGGAGCUAUGGGAAGAAUCAAAGUAAAUCCAGAAGCCUUGCUGGCAUUUCAAGAAGCCCGAAGCUGCCCUAGACGUUUGAUGUGUUUGUGCCGCAUAGCAAUACGGAGGGUUCUUGGGAAACACCGCUUAUGGCUGAUACACACUCUUCCAGUCCCAGACUCUAUCACGAAAUUCUUACUUCAUGAACAACAAUGAGCUCUAAUUGGAUGCUUUGAAGACAAUUUCCUUUCCUGGGUUGUAUAGGUUGUAUAGGUUGUUUGCUUGGGUUUUAAAGAGUAAAGUGACCUACUGAAAAGAAGAUGCAGUAUUUCUUAUUGCUGUUCAGUAAAAUAUAUUAUUUGGCUAAUGUGAAAAGUAAUAUCCCAUAUCUUUGUUAACACACAUUGGAAUUUAGAUUUUAGGAAUGCUAUUUCCAGUAAAUUUGAUAGGAUCCGAUAUAAUAGAAAAAAAUAGAUUAUAUUUUUAUAGUAUGGACUCAAUGCUUAUGCAUGUAUAUUUAUUUACAGUACAUGCUGCCUCCCCCAAAAUAGCUCAAAGUGGUUCACAUUUAGUUUUAUACCCCCUUCUUUCUCUAUCGAUUUACAGCAGAAAGAAGUUGUUUUGUUCUCUGGAAGGUUGCAAUUACUGAAAAUGAACUACACAUUCAUUUUCUCCUUUUGGUUCUAUUUUGGAUCCAAGACUUUCCUUACCACACAGA